AUGGACAAAGUCACUGGCAUGAUGGAUUCGAUUAAAGCAAAAACCGAACGUGCAAUGAACGGGGAAAAGACUGAAACACCCGAAACAGAAUAUGUUGCGCUCCAUAUGAAGUCGAUCGAUGACCUUGAAACCUUUUUCAAAAAGCAUAAAACGUACACCAAUAAAAUAAUUGACUCGUUUGCAACAAUCAUCGAACAACUCGGUAAUCUUGCGGAACUCGACAGAACCAGACUCUCUACACUCCCACAAAACCAAAAGGCAAAGCAGGCGAUUUCCGUCAAUUUCUUACUCUUUUCACAGGGGUCCUUCCAAGUUUUAAAGGAUGAAUUGGUGCGGGGAUAUACGUGUGAGGUUGAUGCUAUCUUAUGCGAAAUUGGAGACGUGAAAGGGACAUUCCAGAAAAACCAGAGAAAGACAAUGGACAAUUUGGAAACACUUGUCACCAUGAAGUACCAGCUUGGAAACUUGGUUGAAAAGCGAAAUCGAGUUAUGCAAGACUUCCAAUACAAAGCCCUUAACUCCUUCAAUAAUACAGUGUCAAUGUACUUCAAUGGCAAUGGGCACUUGAUUGAAGCUGCUGAAGAAAUUGAACCGACGGAAAGUGAAAUACAAAAUAUUCACUUGAGAGGAGUUUCAUAUGUGGGUAAAACUGUUGGUGAAAUCCUUGACAGCGAGAAAAGAAAGCACUACGAGUUGCCCAAAGCAAUCGAAGAGAUUAUUAAAAUAGUUCGAGACAAUUACUUGGAAAGGGAAGGCGUUUUCAGGACCGCCGCCAGUUUGAAAGAAGUUGAUGAGCUCUAUCACCGACUGUCUGUUUCAAAGCUAGCCGACUUCAGUUGUGAAACCUUGGUCUCGACGCUGAAGAGAUUUGUCAGAGAGCUACCUGGUAUGCUUUUCUGUAAUUCUCUUGCAAAAGAUAUGUUAACGACAUACCGAAGUCGGGGCACAGAUGAAGAGAAAAUUUCCGCUCUACGAAAGCUCUUCUCUGGGAAGUGGGUGCCUGAGGAGAAAAUUGUAUUGUUCAAAGCGAUUUGUCUUUUGUGCAGCGAUAUUUCUUCGAGGUCAGACGUCAAUUUGAUGAACAACAAAAACCUUUCUGUGUGUUGGACUCCAACAAUGUUUGCUGUUGGAAACGAUGACCUCUCCUCUUAUCUCGAAAUGAUGACUUUCAUUAUUCAAGAGGCACGACCAAUUUUCAAUGACCUCAAAAUCGGCGCACCAAAACAUGAAUAUGUAAUGGCACCGUCAGUGCCUUAUGUCCCAAUGUCAGUACCAAUACCUUCACCAAACAGUCCAAGAAGUUGUGGGUCUGGGGAUUCUCCGUCAUCCGCAAAAGAAGAUCACUCGGUAUUUGGUGGGGCUAGAGAAAAGGUUCCAACAAGAGACCCAAUGCAAAGGUACCAAGUCAAGCCACAACGACCAACCACUCUAGUAGGAAACGCAUUCUUGUUAAAAAGAAAGGUUCCCAAAGAGCCGACGAAUGAAUCGUUUUUACUUGGCGAAGUUAAUUGA